GAUAAAAGAAUCAGAGUAUCUCAACCCUUGACAAGAGGACCAAGUGCCUUUAUUCCAGAGAAGGAAGUCGUCCGAGCAAACACAGUGGAUGAACGUACAAACUUUCUCGUGGAAGAAUACUCCACGUCUGGUCGUCUGGACAAUAUCACACAGGUUAUGAGUUUACACACUCAGUACCUGGAGUCUUUCUUGCGGAGCCAGUUUUACAUGUUGCGCAUGGAUGGUCCCCUUCCUCUACCAUACAGGCACUACAUCGCGAUAAUGGCUGCCGCUAGACAUCAGUGUUCUUACUUAAUAAACAUGCAUGUGGAUGAAUUUUUAAAGACUGGAGGUAUUGCUGAAUGGUUGAAUGGUUUGGAGUAUGUACCACAAAGACUGAAAAAUCUUAAUGAAAUAAAUAAGCUGCUAGCACACCGACCCUGGCUAAUCACAAAAGAGCACAUUCAGAAACUUGUCAAAACUGGAGAAAAUAAUUGGUCUCUGCCUGAACUAGUACAUGCUGUGGUCCUACUGGCGCAUUAUCAUGCUUUGGCAAGUUUUGUUUUUGGUAGUGGAAUUAAUCCAGAAAGAGAUCCAGAAAUCUCCAAUGGAUUCAGGAUAAUAUCAGUAAACAAUUUCUGCGUUUGUGAUCUUGCUAAUGACAACAACAUAGAAAAUGCAUCCCUUACAGGCAACAACUUUGGGAUUGUGGAUUCUCUAAGUGAGCUGGAAGCCUUAAUGGAAAGGAUGAAGAGGCUUCAAGAAGAAAGAGAAGAUGAAGAAGCAUCUCAGGAAGAAAUGACCACUCGUUUUGAAAAGGAGAAAAAAGAAAGUCUUUUUGUAGUCUCUGGAGAUACUUUUCAUUCAUUUCCUCAUUCAGAUUUUGAAGAUGACAUGAUUGUAACAUCUGAUGUCUCUCGAUACAUUGAAGAUCCUGGUUUUGGGUAUGAAGACUUUGCCAGAAGAGGAGAAGAGCACUUGCCAACAUUCCGAGCUCAGGACUAUACCUGGGAAAAUCAUGGUUUCUCCCUGGUGAACAGGCUGUAUUCUGACAUUGGACAUCUUCUUGAUGAGAAGUUUCGGAUGGUCUACAACCUCACCUAUAACACUAUGGCAACCCAUGAGGAUGUUGACACAACCACGCUGCGCAGAGCUUUAUUUAACUAUGUUCACUGUAUGUUUGGGAUCAGGUAUGAUGACUAUGAUUAUGGAGAAGUUAAUCAGUUACUUGAACGAAGCCUGAAGGUUUACAUUAAGACGGUGACCUGCUAUCCUGAAAGAACUACAAAGCGCAUGUAUGAUAGUUACUGGCGUCAGUUCAAACACUCAGAAAAGGUUCAUGUUAAUCUACUUUUAAUGGAAGCACGGAUGCAAGCUGAACUACUUUAUGCUCUUCGUGCCAUAACUCGGCAUUUGACCUGAAGUAUCACCCAGGGACAGUGUCAUAUAUGUGUAAAGACUUUUUCACGUAUGAUUUACAUCAGAAGCUCUUUGAGAUACAGCAUCAAAAUUAUUCAAUUCUCUAGUGUCAGAGUUUAGCUGGUUUUUGUUUUGUUUUGUUUUUGUCCCCCCCCCCGGCUGUAAUGUGCAAUGAUGUGUUUUAUUUUUUCUUGAUGCUUAACAUUACUAACAGUUGCAAAAAUAAUACUGAGGAGCACUACUUUACUAUUGUUUAUAGUUGGAUUUUUGGACAACGAUCAUAAAUCAUGAACGUGGUUGUUAAUGCUUAACUUCAGUGUUUUGAAGGUUGGUUAUAUGUGGUUUUUUUGUUUUGUUUUCUUUUUACUUUUUGGUUUAAAUAAGGAAAAGCGCUUACAAUCUGCUCUUGCGAUUGUUCUUCAGAUAUUGGAAUUUAGCGAAGAAUGACUUCAUCUGACCAUUCUAUAAUUUUCAUGUUGUGUCCUAAAUCUGGUAAAAGAAAAGCAUGCGCUAUUGAACCAAGCUGCUCACUGGACACCAAAGUUGUGUCCCCAGGAGAUUAUUUGUCAGGCACUGUAUGUUUUCUUGUUUGUAGAUUUUUUUGUUUUGUUUUUUUACCUGCUAUUGGCGACAACGUGAAAUGUGAUACAGCCAUUGUCCAUAAUUUAAUGUGAACUUAAUCAUGAUGAAUUCUAUAGCAUGCUACUGAAAUACCAAAUUCAUCUAUUUUCUCUUUUACAACAGAAAGUUCAAUUUUCCAUAUCAUUCAUAUAUAUAUAUAUAUAUAUAUAUAUGAAUAUAUUAUGAAAAGUAGUUAUGCACAAUCCUUUUUAUUACUGACAACGAUCCUGUCACCUUAAAAAAAUCAGUGCUCACACUUGAUCAUAGUUCAUUCAUUCACCACAUAAAAACUUGUACCCACACAAGACUGACCAAAAAUUUUCUUUGCACAUUUUUCUUUUCAUGAAUUUUUUCUAUAUUACAAUUUGCAAAGGAUGGUUAAUAUGCUUAUAUUUUUUUCUGUUAGGCUUUUAGAGAUAAUUUUCCAUUAUUUUCUUCUUACAGUAGGUUAAACAGUUUAUAAUUCAAAGGUAAAAAUUGUGUUUCUAUGCAUUAAUGUGAUUGAACAACAAAGAGUGCAAUAUGUUCUAAAAAAUACUCAACUAAACUUUUCCCCUAUCAUAUCACUGCAGAAGUGUCCUUUUAAACACAGCCAUAAAGAAAUUUUACUGAAAUUUCUUUAUUGCACUAGGCUUUUUUUUGUUUUACCUUACUGGGGUUGAAUAAUAUUCUUUUUAUAAUGCCAAAGCAUUCCCUUCCCCAGAAAAAUCUCUUUGGACAACUGGUUAAAAAAGGUAUCAAGUCAUAGGGGAAGAAUAAGUGGCCAAAAAAGUCACAUUUUUGCAUUGGUUUAUGUUACUUGAUUAGACUAUCUUCAGAGAGCACAACAUUAUGUGUUUUAUAGCUUUAAUUUGUAUUAUGUUAGUAAACCAGUGAAGUGCCUAAAGAGAUGCUUACAACUAUCCAGUAGGACACAACUGCACUGCUUAAACACUUUUUGGUUAAUUAAAAGUGACUUGAAUUUUACACAUAUAUGGUAAUUUUUAAAAGCAUAUCCAUUUUUCCAUAGUAAGUAAUAUAGUUAAAUUUUUCCACUAUAGUUGCCACAGAAAUUUCAUUUUAAACUUAUCUUAUAGGAUUUAUUUUUUUCUUUUGUGAAAUAAUCAUGGAUUAGUUCAAUCAUUUUCCCCUUCCAUUUAUCAUCCUUCUCUAGUACAAUGCUUUAGGUUGCUUUUCUUUAGAUUUUGUUCCAGAUAUAAAAACAAAAAUGACUGUAAACCUAUUAACAUAAGGUAGUUCUGUGUUUUUGGAUUCAAGGAUCUUAUUUGAAAUCUUCCAUGAGGAAAAAAAAUUGACCAAUAAUAUUUUUCAGGACAGGGUGGUUUAUUUAAAGAGAUUAUUUGAAGAAUUCAUGCCAGAUCUCUUGUUUUGUUUAUUACAUAUACCAUAUAUUGAUUUUUUUUCAAUAUCUCAUUGUAUAGAUAGGUAUUAACUACAAGGAAAGUAUUGAAGAGAAUGGCUGAACAUCGAUGGAAACAUAAAAGUCCAUUUAAUUUUCCUAACUUGAGGACUUUCAGGGUGAGGAUAUCUUUUAUUCUUGCAUUUUUAUUAGAAUCAUUUAAAUCAAUAGCUCUAUCAUUUUGUGCAGGUGAACUGUAUUACAGGAUGAAAAAUGAUUUUUAUGUAUUGAAUAGGAGAAAUUCUCACAGAAACCAUACAAAUGAGCUUUAGACCAAAAGGGGAAACAAGGUAUAAGUUACUAAAAUGGCCACUUUUUGUUCUUUUAUUUUUUUCCCCCAGAAAUGUAGUUAGUUUGAGUUAUGGUAACAGUUAGUGCCUUUAACAGAUAUCUUUCCUAGCAGAAUUUCUUUUUGCUCAACAUUGAUGCAUCUCUUUGUUAAUCAGGAAAUUAAGGUGGCUUGAACUAAAAGCAAAAUGAAACAAUGUAUUUACAACCUUCAGUAAAUCAGCCUGACUUCUAAAGAUGCUCAUGCACCAGGUAAGAUGCAGCAGCAUUUGUUUCAGGCUAUGAGUCCCUUUUCACAAUGAGUUUGUUAUCAACUCUCUCUAUUCAGUGCAAACUUGAAAUUUGAUUGCGGUUUGCCAGGGUGGUAUUUUUUUUUUUCAAGAGAAUUGAAUUUAUUAUGUAGUAAUUUAUAGUGUAGCUUUUUAUAUUAAAAUGUAAUAUUUUUUAAAAAAAGAUACCUGGGUUCAAUUGGUAUGAUAAUGUGAUUAUGUGCUAAUCAUUUUGGGGUCACAUUGUGCCAAACUUAAAUGUGCAAGAAUACAUGAAAAAAAGCACACAUGAAUGUGAACUCUUUAAUACCUUGCUUAUUGUGUUAAAAUUACUCUAAUAAUUCACUGAGAUAUAUGCUUGAAUAAUGUCUAUUUAGUUUGGAAUUUCAAAUUUUCCAGAUUUGAUAAUAAUUCUUAACUUCUCAGAUCACCUUAAGAAAUAUCAAAGUAACCUCCCCUGUGAAACUCAGUUUGUUCUUUAACCCACUUGACUACAAGAGGGGCCAGGCAGGUGCCUCACUGAACCCUUCAGAAUAGGCUUCCUCAGGUGGACUUGUGAGAAUUAGGGGAAAAGAGGCUUUUGAGACAAAACUCCUUCAUUUUUUUUCUUUUCUUUUUUUUGCUAGGUACAUUGUCUCAGUCUCAGGAAGAAUUUGUCUCACUUGGGGUACUUUAAAUAAAAGAUGGCUAACAUGGAAUCUGGAAUAUGGCCUUAUAGCCUUAAACCCAAGUAAUGGCAGAGCGAUGCAGGCCUUUCUUUAGAAUAGAAAAACAAAUGUAAGGUUUAUGUAAAAAUGAUAUAGAACUUGAACCAGAGCCCCUAUUUUAUUUGUGUUAUAGUGUCUCCUAAUGAUUUUUAAUACUUCUGAAGUUCAACUGGUAUUAUUUCAGAGCAACUUUUUCCUUUCUGACUGUAUGAAGUUUUUAUCCCAAAAUCUUAGAUUUUCAUGCCCCAGCAAAAUAAAUUUAUCAGCAAUUAAAGAUAUGUACGUAAAAUAUUUCACCACAUUUAGGGUGCAUGCAUAUAUGAUGGUAAGAUUCUUCUUAACUAAAAACAGUUCAUCAGGGAGAAAAAGCAAAUUUCAGUGCAUAUUUUAAAAGGGUUUGCACUGUGAUAGUAAAAUAAGAUUUUUUGUUUUUUUGUUUUGUUUUGUUUUGUUUUUGCUUAUGUUGUAUUUUAGAAGUUUCUCUGGAAAGCAAGAUCUCCAUUUCUCUUUUAUCUAGAAAAUCUUUUUUGUCUCAUGCAAAUAGUCUUGCAUGGAGUUAAAAGUAUGCAACAGUGAUGCUGUAUAAGUAUUUAUUUUCUUAGAACAGUUCAGUAGUAAACUGAAAGACAUGUGGCUCCUCUGUUCAGAUCGAGUUUUAAGUUACAUAAUCUGUAUAAUCAGAAUCUAUUCUAGGCGGCUGUCAAAAACUGUGUUUCCCUGUUAUAUCUCUGUGGAGACUGAGAAUCAAAUUAAGUAGUCUUUCCUCAAAGCAGUACUGUAGCAUGAAUGUAUUUAUCUCAGUCAACAGAAUUUAAAUGACCACUGAAGGUGGAGGUUAUUUCCACGCUAAUUUGGCUUAGUUAGCAGUAUCUGCUCAGGUGAGACCUAGAACAAAAAUAGCUGGGGGUGAGGUGGAUUACAGAGAUAGAGGUAUAUGUCAAGAUAGCCUUGUGAGGGAGGAAACGUUUUCAAAGAAUAUAUGAAACAUAGUGCUGAGAUGGUGGCUUUCCUCGGCAUCAUGCACCUAAUAUAAAGGAAACAUUUCUCUCGUGGGAGCUCCUACCUGCAUUUAGUCCUCUCUUUCCACCCUGUUUUCUCUUCCUCCAAGUGCCUCAACCUGUACACACCUUCACUCUCUUUCCCUUCUCUCGGCCUGUCUUGGUCUGAACACCUUUCACAAUCCAAACCAAACAUCACCAGCCACCUGCUGAUAGUCACCAGCAUUUACUUUUCUGAGUUAUGUUUUUUCCAUUCAUGAAGAUUAUGGCUUUGUCACGACUCCCUCUAAAUCCCUCAACCAUCCGUUUGUACUUUGGCUGACUUUUGCCCUUGACACCCUAUCAGAUAUUAAGCAACAUCAGUGUGAUCUUGUCCACCCCAUUGUGUUCACCCCUUUUCUCAACUGCCAAAAUAUCGUGUUCUCCUCUACCUCAUCCCCAAAGAGCCUAUAAAUUCAGAGUAUCCAGCCUUUUCAUGGGUUCACUCUCUGUUGUUCAGUAAUACUACUUCCAUAUUUUAAAUAAGUCAUAAAAGAUUUUGCCUUCUAUCAAAGUAGGAAUCUUUAUAUUUAUACAUGAUACAGAAAUUGAACUAUUUCUACCAUGCAGAAUUUAGCAUUUAGCAGGAUUUUAAAGUGAUUAAAUUGCCAUCAUAACCUGGAUCUAUAUUAGAUGAUGAAUGAAUACUGGUGUUAGUCCAAGUUAUUUGAAUGUAAGUUAAAAUUUUCUAGCAAUCCAGAUUGACCUGUAACCCUCUAGUGGAACAGGAAAUUUCUGGCAUAUAAAUGGAAUGAUGUUUCAGUUAUUUGUUUUAUUGGUGGCAUUUGGGCCAUGAAACACGUUUCUUGUAAGAGGACAUUGAUAUGUGUUUAUAUGGUCUGGCUGAAUCUCAGAACACCAUUAAAAUACCACAAAACUGGGUACCUAAGGGCUUGACUAGGCUUUCCUAGGUUAGACCAAACCUCUAGCCCCCAGUCCCUACCUUGUUCUCAUGGAAGGAAGUAUCUUCUAUGGGAUGAAAAGAGAAUGCAUUGACUUUGUAGCCUUUAUUCCCCUUGUUGCAUUUCAGAUAUGUCCAGAUUAUACCAUUACAGACAGAAAUGCAAAUUCUUCCUCUCCAGCCUGUGUGCACUCAGCAUUGUUUGAGAUUAAACUGCCUUGGGUUUCUAGCAGGGGACAUGUUUAUCUAUAGAUGUUUGUCUGACUUGAAGGUGAAUACCCUGAUUAAAAGUAUAGAUUAAUAUGAAUUCUGGUGGUAUUAGCAUGUUUCCCAUCUUAGUCAUGAACAACCUGAUAGCAAUGUUAAUAUAUCUCUUUAAAGGCCCAGAAGUGAACCAGUAGCCUACCUGGAGACUGAAAGAUUUAUUCAGUCAUAUGAAGUGUUCACUCUGGCUUUAACCUAAUUAUGACUGCACCACCAUGAAGUACAGAAAAAGAAAAGUAUAGGGGAAAGAAGAGAGUAUCUGGUUCUUUUGAAAGUUUGUGAAAAUCUUUGAAAGAAUGCAGUGCUUACUAUCAUGUAGCCUUUAGAACAAAUGCCCCAUUUAUAGUUCUUAGGACAUCAUCAGACAUUAAUAAGUCUAAAUAUGAUAAAUAUAAUUUUUGGUAUAAAAAUUUUUGCUAAAACAAUCUAUUUUCUUGCACCCCUCAAGUUAACCUCUUAAAAGUGAAUGUAUAAUUUCUACAGAAAGAAUAUUAUAGAGGAAGAAUCUUCAGUCUUUAAUGCUAAAAUAUUAUUCUCAGAUUCUGAUUAGUUGUUAUACAUUAUGAUACAGAACUAAAUUAAUUCCACAUCUGUUUCUUAAAUUAACUAGUCUUUACAAAUUUUCAUCUGGCUCCCCCAAGUCUGAUAAGGAAGGAUCAAAUGGAGGAUAAAGGAAGCGUAUCAGUUGGGUGGCCAGAAAUUUUCCUUUGGAAAGCUGAGAGACUGUUUUCUCCUUUUCCAAUCUCUCUGGUUCUUUUAAGUAAAAGUUGAGUCAAACGGUACCCUUGUUCACCAAGGAAAGUGAUCCAAACUCUAUAUCUAGUACAAAUAUUUUCUUUGCUUUCAUAUAUCCUCUCUAGAGAGACAGUACAAUUUUCUCUUUCUUCUUUCUCUUCACAUAAUAAUACUUUUAGCCCAAAAUAAAAUAGAUACUGAAAACAAACCACAAGCCAUCCACAUGCAAUCUGAGCAGAUAAACAAGAGCCUUGUCGGGUCACCUUGGAGGGUGACCUUGUCUCUUGGAUUAGCUCCUUAAAACCUAAAAAUUACUUUCCUGGUCAUGAAAGAACUGGAUGUAUCCUUCAACUUAUGAAAUAGGAUUUGAACUUGAAAACUUUUUUUUUUAGUCCUGAUUUUGCAGGGCAGCUACAUAAUGAAUGUAUAUAUUAAGACUUUGUAGCUGAAUUGCACAUGAAAUCAGAUUGCCAACUUCUUGACUUUCAAUUUUAGACAUCAUUUAAUCCUUAUUUGUGAGCAAUAUAUGUAGCAUGCUGUGAAACGUCUAUUAUAGUUCUUUAAUUCAUCAGUAUUAAUACAGAAUUAUCCUUUGUGUUCCUUGGUACUUUUUAUUCAAUGUAAUCAGAAGCUGUGAUGUUUUGCCUUUGUAGUCCUGUGCUUUGUUACUGUAAUUUUGUUUUCUUUUCUACAAAGCACGUGACUUUGGACUAAUGUAAGGCAGAUGAAAUGAUCUUUAAGACUGCUCUAUGUAUCAGUCUAUUACUCUAUACGGAUUUUAAUUAGAAUAAGCUUUAUCAAAUAGAUCAUUGAUGCAAUUUAGGAUUCACACAAGUUCAGUGUCAAAUGGCAGUCUUAUCUUUAUAGUUUCAAUUCUAAAAA